GGGAUUUUUAUUCAGCUCACAUCUGUGCAGCAUCCAGCACCGUGCUGGGCUGGUGCACGUACAAUGGCUGGGGGCAUGCCAAACAACCGGGAGGGGUGUGCCACAAAGUGCUGACAGCCCCAACCUGUGACUGAUUCAGACUGUUUUCCCUGACUCCCCUUGAACUCUGAAGUUGUCUUUCCUGGUAGCAUCUCCCUCCCCUUUCUGCCCUGGCUGCACAAAUGUGCUCAAUUAGGGUUAACUCAAACUGAAUCAAACUUCGUGCCUGAGGUUGGAAAUCUUCCCAGUCAACUCACCACAGCCACAUAGCAUGGUGGGAGACAAGGCGAGAGGGGAGAUGAACGCUUUUCAGAGAAAUGAAUCCAAGGAAACUUUGUUCACUUUUAUUUCUGCAGGAGAUGAUCCCCCCAAAGGAGAUUUCUCUCUUCAGAAAAAAUCCCCGAAACUCUGUGGCUCCAACUACCCCCUGAGCAUUGCCUUCAUUGUGGUGAACGAGUUCUGCGAGCGCUUCUCCUACUAUGGCAUGAGAGCUGUCCUGACACUGUAUUUCUUAAGCUUCUUCCACUGGGAUGAGAAUCUCUCCACUGCUGUGUACCAUGCCUUUUCUGCAUUGUGUUAUUUCACACCUGUCAUCGGAGCCAUCAUGGCAGACUCAUGGCUGGGGAAAUACAAGACGAUCAUCUACCUCUCCAUUGUGUAUGUUGUUGGCCAUUUGAUAAAGUCAGUCGGUGCCAUUCCAUCCCUGGGCAACCAGGCAGUUCAUGUGGUCCUCUCUAUGGUUGGUCUGUUUUUGAUCGCCCUUGGAACAGGAGGUAUCAAGCCCUGUGUCUCUGCAUUUGGUGGGGACCAGUUCGAAGAGGAACAUACCUCGGAGAGAAGCAAGUUUUUUUCCAUCUUCUAUUUAUCCAUUAAUGCUGGAAGUUUGAUCUCCACGUUUGUAACUCCUGUGUUAAGAGGGGAUGUGAAAUGUUUUGGAGAGGAUUGUUAUGCACUGGCUUUUGGUGUCCCAGCAGCACUGAUGGUGUUGGCGCUCGUUGUGUUCAUUGCUGGAAGUGGACUGUACAGGAAAACACCACCACAAGGAAACGUCUUGCUGGAAGUGUGCAAAUGCAUCGGUUUUGCUAUUAAAAACCGGCUGAAAAACCGCUCCCGUGAGAUUCCAAAGAGAGAUCACUGGCUGGACUGGGCAUCAGAAAAAUACUCGAAACAGCUGAUUGGGGAGGUUAAAAUGGUGACUCGUGUUCUCUUCCUCUUCAUACCACUGCCAAUGUUCUGGGCCCUGUUUGAUCAGCAGGGAUCCAGGUGGACUUUGCAAGCCACAAAAAUGAAUGCUGAUUUUGGAAUAUAUGUCCUUCAGCCUGACCAAAUGCAGUUCUUAAAUCCACUUCUUAUUCUUGUCUUCAUCCCAAUCUUUGACCUUGGGCUCUACCCCCUAAUAAACAUGUGCAAAUUGAAUUUCACACCUAUUAGGAAAAUGGCAACAGGUAUGAUCCUUGCAGGGCUGGCAUUUGGACUUGCAGCUGUUAUAGAAGUCAAAAUAAAUGAAACCGAUAUGCCUCGACUUGCCCCAAAAGAAAGUUUAAUUCGGGUCCUGAAUUUGGCAAAGAACCCUGUUCAAGUGACAAUCCAAGACAAGGACCUAUUUCAGCAGCCUGUGGAGUCUUUUCAGAACCCAGCUGAGUACUCAAAAUUAAUAUUGAAUGGAGAGCAACAGAGCCUUCACUUCGCCCUGCAACAUCAAGGAUUGACUCUUGCUUUUAACUACACCGUGAAGGAAAAAUCAGUAUACAGCUUAAUUGUUUUUGAGGCAGAAGGAAACCUAUCAAGCCGCUUAAUUACAGACUUGGAAGCAAAGCCAGAAAAUGGUUUGGCAGCUGUUAGAUUCAUUAAUGGUUUGGGCCAAGAUGUCAACCUCACCAUUGAUAGCAAAAGGUUCCUGGCUGUUCAGAAAAAUUACAGUGCUUCUGAGUACUCACUGCUGGAGAGGGACAUAUAUAACAAUGGAAAAUGCAUAACUGAAACAGGAGAGUUCCCCCUGGAGCUGGGGCUGCUUGACUUUGGUGCCUCAUACACCGUUGUGAUAACUAAUAUUUCUGGAGGUGCUGUUGAGAUGUGGAAGUCAGAAGACAUCAAAGCCAACAACGUCCAUAUGGCCUGGCAGUUACCACAAUAUUUAUUGAUAUCUGCUGGGGAGGUGAUGUUCUCCAUUACGGGUCUGGCCUUCUCCUAUUCUCAGUCUCCAGCCAGCAUGAAGUCGGUGCUGCAGGCAGGCUGGCUGCUCACGGUGGCUGUGGGGAAUACCUUUGUGCUCAUUGUUGCCGAGGCUGCACCAAUGGCACAGUGGGCUGAAUUUGUCUUGUUCACUGUUCUCCUCUUUGCUGUGUGCAUUAUUUUCUCCAUCAUGGGAUAUUUCUAUGUCAGUGUGGAUCCAGAAGACCUAGAAGAAAAAGAAGAGAAGAGAGAGACCUCAAGCAGAGGAAACAUGAUUGGUCUUGUUACUCAGAAAACAAAGCUCUAACACAUCAUGGGUUGGGAUUUUUAUUUUUUUUUUUAAACUCAGUUAUGAGAGGAUAAAAGAAGGGUGGGGACAGUGUUACUUUAUUUUAGAGCAUUGCAGUCUUUAUUACUCAAAAUGUAGCCACCUUACAAAUGGGACCAAAUAAUCCUCUGUAAAAACAAUGGGAGUCCUGAAAUCAGAGCAAAACUCCCUGGGAAAGCUCCUCAGGUAUUAAAAGCCCUUAUUAGUAAUUGCAGUGUAAUUUAAAACCUGCCCAUCUUUUAAAGUAUGGAAUGCUUUCCUAUGAUUUUGCCUUAAACAUAUAUUUAGGGCAGCAGGGAGGAAGGGUGGAAGAAAUGCCAUAUGACACAAAAAUCUGGAAAUGUUAUGAGAGAAGAAAGAAGAAAAGCUAGUAUAGAAAUUAGGGAAGAAUAGAUGUUAGAGACAGAAGGAUUUUUAAUGCUGAAAUCAAGGACUGUAAGGGUUACACACAGCCCCAAAGGAUUUCAUCAUGUAACUCUCCUUAUGAGUAUUUCAUCCCAUUAUUGCAUGUUAUGAAUGGUUCUGAUUUAUGAUUUUCACCUUCAGGCUCAGAAGUAAUAACAGGGAUUAAAUUCUGCAGACUAAAAUAUUCCCAAAACACUGCUGACGAAGACAGGCAUGCUACCACCUCUCUGAUACCCAUUUUUUUGGCUAGAAGUUUUUAGCAACUGAUGGUUUUCUUUGAUUAGACAUGAUUAGAGAAUUGGUUUAUGCUUUCUUAUUUCAGAAUUUCAGACAGUUAUUUGCCAUCUUCCUAUACAUUAAGCCUUUAUUGGGCAUUUCCUUUUACAGCACCUGUCACUGCAAGUUAGGAUAUGGCUGAUUUCUUAUCUCAUGCCUCAGUUACUCCCCACUGGGAGACAAGUUGCAGUAGUUUCUAUAAAAUUCCAGGCAUCCUGCAGUGAGUUAUUUACAAGGAUGCACUUUAUCAUUUUUUCAGUCUACAAGAGGAGACUGUGGCAUAUGAGAUUUUUCUUUUUCCUCCUUGUUUUUCUGUCUCUACCAAACUUUGGAUAUAGCAAUUUUAUUGGAAUUGUGAUAUAAUUGUCUGAUUUUCCUCAAUUGCGUGAAGCUGUGAUUUCAUGUUCUGCAUAGGAGUAAUUCAACCACUGCUGAUCUAGUAAAACUCCUGAGAGAGUCCCUGCCUUCCUCUGUCACUGCAAGGCCACAGCUCUAACAGGUAUGGCCUAAUUUAAAACAAGGCUGUCAAUAGGAUCUUCAGGUUCAUAGAGAAUAGAUUUUAAAUUAUGCUUUCCUCUUCCGUUUUGGCAUUGGCCAUAGGUGGUUGCUGAUACUUGGAUUCAGGAGAUCACAAAAUACAUGUUUAAUUCCUGUUCAGGACAGUGCUAGGAAAUACACUCAUUUUGACACCUUAGCUCCUCUGAUGUGCUACCAGUGUGUGUGUAUCUUCUUGAGUAACACUAAGAAAACACAGCUUUUUGGUUUCUAACUUACAGCCUAAGAUUGAUCCCUCUGCUUCCUGUCCUAAAGGGGCAUGGAAUUUCGCCACUAGUUCUGCAUAAGCUCCUGCUUGCUGUGAAGGAGAAUCUGGGGUUGUGCCAGAGGGGGACCAUGGUCUCAUCAGAUAAAUGUGAAGAGGCUGCAGAUGUGCAUGCAGGAACAUUUGGGGUGGUUCAGUCCAUGUGUGCUGGUUUUGCACCACCACACCAUGCAGAGACAUUUAUUUAGUUGUGGUGGCUGGAUCCGGGCAGCUGAACCCUGCAACUCCAUGGGGAAUGAAGAGCAUUGAAAACCACCUAUUAGGUCAUCCAGUCUGCUUCUCAGAAGCCAAAUGAGGAUUAUUCUCCUCUGUUCUUUCUGGUAUUGUUCUCCUGCUGUGAUUCUUUGUGUGGGUUCUUUCUUCUCCAAGCAUUGUUGUUUUCCUAAUCUCAUUUUAUGACACACUGUGAAUAGGCUCAGAGGCUGCUGAAUCACUGCUGUGAUGCUGUUUGACCAGCUUCCAACUUGAAGCACUAAUAGAAAGCAUUUCUUCCUCCACCCACUGCAAACAAAACAAAAAUCCCAAACUGAAGGAAUUGCCAGGCUCCAGUAACACUGAACAAACACAAUUUAGAAUUAUUGGAGCAUUUAAUUUUUUAUAAGCCUUGAAUUUGGAAGUAUGCUGUGGUUCGAGGGCAUAUGUGGUGAAGAGACAAAUGAAAAUUAGUGAAGCACUUUCCUUGGGAAGCACUUGGUAAGCAGUUCAAAGUUGCAUGAGGGAAAGCAAGGUACCCAGAUCUCUGAGACUACGUAUGCUUAAGAACCUCUUGAUUUUUUUUGUUUUAUUUCCUUAUUGGCGACACUACCAGAAGCUGUCACAGACUCUGAGCUUAAUUUAAAGGAAUCGUUCCAAACUCAUAAAAGAUACAUUUAGGAUGUCAUCUGAAUCUGCUUUUUAGUCUCCUGAUGCCAAAUUGCCUCUUUCCAAGCAUCUCCGUGUUCCAAACCGUCACCAUAAUGCAGGGGGAAGGAAAAAUUGCAAUUCACAGUUGGGAAGAUUAGGAACAGGAAGGCAAUGCUAUAAAUAAAGUGCUAACAUGAGGCUGGGGGCUGCUCCUGCAGCCCCUCCCAGGAAUUGCUCAAGGAACUAUAAUCUUUGUUCACAUUUCUCUCAGAGAUGAACCAGUUACUUCUUCCCACUUGCUCAUGGUCACCUGUUGGAAGCUUUUUCCUUCUCUGAUCUGCCUGCUUGGUUGCUGGUAUGAUCCUUCCUCACUGUUUCAGCUGCUGUCGUGGCUUUGCUAAAUUGGACCCAUUUAUUUGGAAAGCACCAGCAGUUUGGAGGGAUUUCCACUGGCAUGCUCACAACCAGCCAGGAGUGGGCUGGGGGCUGUAACAAUGAGCUGCCCCUUCUGUAGCUAGAGAAGGUGGAAAAAUAACAUAUUCAGUAUAGCACUUCUCCACUUUUAGAGCCACAGCUCCAUUCUUGGAGGCCUUGCAUCACUUUCAAAUGGACUCAAGACUGGAUCAAAGGUCUGGGACUUGAUUGCAUGAAGUAACAAGAUCUCUGGGUUUUUCUUCCAUAUAGUCAUCUCAGAGAUGGGGCCAUGCCCAGCUCUUUGUACCCAGUUUUAGAAAAAAUAUUCUCUAUUCCUCACAAUUCUUUGCUUUAUGAUCACAGGGAGGAUCCAAAGUAGGGAUAUUAUAUGUAAAGCUGUAUGAACCUCUAUAGAGAAAUAGCAGUCUGCUGCCUGUCCAGCUUUACCUGUCACUGAAGACUCUCAGCUGUAAGUGAAGCUUUCCCUGGCAUAGAUGAGGGAAAGCUCACACCAACUGACCUACAGGAAUUAUCCUCUCCAGCUGAGGGACAGGGAAGAGGUGGUGGGGAACUGUAGAUGUGUUGCUGCACAAACGUUAUGGAGAUUGCAGGGGUUUGGCUUUGCUCUGCAA